UCAGGAAACACUGCAGCAUCCUCAUCAUCAUCAUAUGCAGCCCCAGUCCAAACAGGAACAUCCAGCAGAGACACCGGGGAACCGAACCGGACCGGAUCGGACCGGACCGGACGGCUCUGCCAGGCGACCGGACCGGACCAGGUUUCUGUGAGCACAUUCAGCAUUUUCUAAACAAGCCUAGCUUCAGCAGCUCAGAGGUCACCCAGAGGUCACGUGAUGAAAACACAAAGAAAUCAAAUCCAGAUCCGGUUUCACUAAUCCAGGACUUACAGACAUUUUUCUGGAACAUUUUCAUUUUGCAAAAGUUAACUGAAACAAGCGCCCGAAAUUUGUCCAAUGAAACGAAUGAAAGGGCUGUAGGCGGGGCUUCAACCACCGACCAAUCAGAGCAGCUUCUGUUGUAAACUUCUUAACCUUUUCAGGAUGUAAUAAUAAGUCAUGGAUAACAGCGCUAAUGGAUAAUAGCGCUAAUGGAUAACAGCGCUAAUGGAUAACAGCGCUAAUGGAUAACAGCGCUAAUGGAUAAUAGCGCUAAUGGAUAAUAGCGCUAAUGGAUAAUAGCGCUAAUGGAUAACAGCGCUAAUGGAUAAUAGCGCUAAUGGAUAAUAGCGCUAAUGGAUAAUAGCGCUAAUGGAUAACAGCGCUAAUGGAUAACAGCGCUAAUGGAUAACAGCGCUAAUGGAUAAUAGCGCUAAUGGAUAGGAGAGCUAAUGGGUAACAGAGCUAACUGGUAGCGUGCGGUUCUGGUGUCGAUCGGGUUUCCUGCUCGCUUCGCCUGAAGCUGCUGGUGGUUCAGCAGGUUUCUGGGAGUCGGAUUAUAGCAGGUUAUCGAUCCGGACCGGGUCCACACUGCGGAUCGAUCCAAACCGCUCAGAGGGAAACUCUGAUCCGAACCUUCUGCCCAAAACGCUCAAAGUUCUGAUGAAUAAUUCGGAGUUCAGCCAGAAACGGGUCAGCCCGUCAGGGACAGGAACCAACCCUAACCGCUCCCAGGAUUACUUGAAGUAAAACCCGAUCUGGAGCAGAACCGAAUCCUGCCAUGUCGCGUUUAUCCGAAUUCUAAAUGCGUCACAAAUCGGCGGCCGGAAACGGCGACGAAUCUGGAUGUGAUGAUGAUGAUGAUGGAAGCAGCUGCAGUCAGUAGCCACAUUAAACAGGGCUGAGCUAAUUGGACCACGGAUCAAAGCGGAGUCAGAACAAAGCGGACCGGAGUCGGACUGGAGUGGACCGGAGUCGGACCGGACCGGACCGGACCGGAGUCGGGUUGGUGGACCGGAGUCGGACCGGACCGGACCGGACCGGAGUCGGGUUGGAGUGGACCGGAGUCGGACCGGACCGGACCGGACCGGAGUCGGGUUGGAGUGGACCGGAGUCGGACCGGACCGGACCGGAGUCGGGUUGGAGUGGACCGGAGUCGGACCGGACCGGACCGGACCGGAGUCGGUUGGAGUGGACCGGAGUCGGACCGGACCGGACCGGAGUCGGGUUGGAGUGGACCGGAGUCGGACCGGACCGGACCGGACCGGAGUCGGGUUGGAGUGGACCGGAGUCGGACCGGACCGGACCGGACCGGAGUCGGGUCGUAUCCCAGACUCCCAGCAGAGGAGUAAAACCUCUGCUGGCUUCACUGAGGGGAACAGCUGGAGGAAGAUUUUUUCUUCUUCUUCAACAUCAUCGUCAUCAUCACAGCCUCGUUUCCUCUGCGUUUCACUGAACGAUCGUUUCUCUCUGACUGUGGUGUGAAACUGCCACCUGGUCAGGCUUCCUGCCAGGUUAGCUAAGGCGGCUAACGCUGUGUCAGCAUUUCCAGUAAGUCGGGGCAGCGAGGCUGUGAGGUGAGCAAGGUGUGAAACGCAGCCGGAGCCGCAGGAGGAAGGAAACGCUCAGACGCUCUGCAGCGCAAAAUGGAGCUAAGCUGAAGAAAAUGACCUGAAAGAAAACCUUCCUGUUCACGCGUGAACAGGAAGGUUUUCUUUCAUGGUUUUAAUUCAGGUGCAGGUUUCCCACAUCUUCAUCUGUUCCUAUGGAGACGCGAUGCUUCACACUUGUAACCACAUCCUGGAGACGCAGCGUCGGUGGAAACAGCCGCGUAAAAUUCACACCUUCACAGCAACAGGAAGGAGCCGGCGGCCCGAGUUCAGCAGAGACACGUCUGCUCACAUGCGACCAGCAAACAGCUGCUGUAGCCGCUUUGGCCACCAGGUGGCAGCGGCUGUCACACGGUGCACCUUCAGUAAUAAAAUAAUAAAUGCUUCAUUGCUGCGAAUCAAACCUUCUGCAGCUUCACCACACAAAGAAAAAGAUCAAAACAUUUAUUUAACAGCAAUAAACCCAUUAAAGUUACAUACAAAUAAAUUUAUGUUGGUUGGAAAUCAGAAUAUUCCGUUUAAUACAACGAUGAAAUUAAAACAAAUGAUUGAAAUAAAGUUUAUUGGGUCAUAAAAUCUGCUGGAAACUAAAUGAAUCAGAAAUCUGCAAACAUGUUGCAUCAUCACUGCAACGGAAAUAAACCAGAACUGAACCUGAUUUAAUUUAAUUUAAUUUAAUUAGGUGUGAGCAUGGAGCAACGGCACAAAACAUUUGACAGAUUAUUUUAUGUUAUGUAACAAUCCAGAUUGGAUGAAUCAGUUUCAUUAUCAGAUUAUAUAAUCUGACUUGAAUAAAAUAGUUAUUAUUUUCUGCGACCUGUAAAACAUAAUGCACUGUAAAACAUAAUGCGCUGUAAAACAUAAUGCACUGUAAAACGGCGCCCCCCAGUGGCUGCAUGUGUCGUUUUAUUGUUCUACGUUUAGAGAACUGGAAAUAAAUCUGUUGAACGUUUGGAUCAGAACCGGCUGAGUGUUUCCAACCAGCUGAUGAUUAAGCAGCAGGAAUAGCAGAAGUGUCCAGAAAGGGACGGAAACACGCCUGGGAGGUUCUGAGUCACUGGACCGAACCGAACCAGUCGGGUUCUGGGUUCGCCGCUGCUCUGCUCUCCUCAUGGACGCUUCGUGGGUCGGACGCGUUCUGGUUCUGCUGCUGGCGGCCGCAGCCUGCGGCUCCGGGGACGACGGCUGGUCCAUGCACGUCCAGGCAGAGGUCCGGGGGAUGGACGGCUACCCGGUGGUGCUGCCCUGCACCUUCAGCCACCCACAGCACUCCCAGCAUUCCUUGCUGCGGGUGAUGUGGCGGCUGGGCCACGGGUCGGCCGCCGCCGUCCUGUACCGCUGCACCAGCCAGCCCGGCGCCGCCGCCUGCGAACCCGACCCGCAGCAGGACCAGCGGUACCGCCUGGAGGGCAACCCAAGGGAGCACGACCUGUCGCUGCGCAUCAACGGCGCCUCCCUGCAGGACAACGGCCGGUACUACUGCAGAGUGGAGGUUCAGGGGAGAGAACACGUCAGCUUUGAGGACAAAAUGGGAACCAGGCUGCGAGUGGAAGCUCCUCCAAAGAUCCUGGCCGUGUCGGUGGAGGGCGGCAGCCCGGGGUUCACCGCCGUGUGCCGGGUCCAGGGCUCGCCGCUGCCGGACGUCCAGUGGUUCGGCCCGGACGACCCGCUGGAGGGCUCCUCGCCGGCGCCGCUGGCUCUGGGCUCGCCGGGCCGGUACCGAACCGUCAGCCAGCUGAGGGACGUCCAGCCGGGUCAGCGCUACACCUGCAGCGCCUCCAACCCGUUGGGCCGGGACCAGGCCGCCCUGUUCGUCCUGCGGCCCCGCCCGCCACCGCCGGCAGCCGGGCCGCCGCCGGCGCUGCUGCUGCUGCUGGCGGCGGCUCUGGGCGCCAAGCUGGUCCUGCUGCUGGUGGGCGUCGGGGCGCGGAUGAUGCAGGGGGGGGCUCUGCAAACCGGCUGCUGGAGGAAGUGACCUCACGCUUGCUGAUCGUCGUUAUGUUGUCAUUACUGAUCUGAUCUGAUUUAAAGGGCCGGCAGCAUCUAAAGUCAUCUUCAUUCUCCGUUUCCUUCACGGUUUUCCCUGAACGCUCACUUUGAUUCUUUCAUAAAUCCUUUAAUCUCCAUGCAACCUCCCAGCUGCUGGACCUGGCCCCGCCUCCAAGGCACAGCUCCUUCAGACUAGCCAGCAGCAAUUAGCCAACUGCUGCUGAGCUCGUUAUAGCAGCAACUGCUGGUGAAAACAUCGUUAAAGGGUUAACAGAGAGCCAUGUUGGCUUCCUGGAGGCGGAAAAAACAGGAGUUUUUUAAAGAGACAGUCGCCCAAUUUCAAGGUGAUAAAUCAGGAAGUCAAAUUUUCGUGAAGCAUUUUCAUCGUUAAUUAUGUAUAAAAUGGACCUGUGUGUCUGGGAAACACAACGUUUCCAUCCACGACCCCAAACAGCUUUGACCUUUGACCCCAUUUGCUAACCCCGGACUUUGCUAUUGUUUUAUUCAGUAAUUGUUACAUUAAUUUAGCAUUGAUGCUAAUCUCAAAGCUUCUGGUUAGCCAUGAGUUCUGUGGCAGAAAAUGUAAUCAGAUAAGUUAUUUAUGACUUUAUUACCAGAUUAUACAUUAUUUCAUUCCAAUCCUCUCCUUUUAUUACAAGAAAUGUGUAAUAAUUAAUAUUAAAUUUGUUUUAUUUCCGGAGUUCCUCUGGUUUUGUUUUUGUCCGAAGCUUUUCCAUUUCUUGCUAUCUGUUAGCUCCUGGAAUAAAGCAAACAACAUUUAAAUCAUUUCAAUUAUCUUAGCUUAGAUUUGUUCAGAAUAAAU